AUGGCAAACAAUAAGUACAGAAAGAUUACCAGCACUGAACACUCAGGAAGCGUGAGCUCUUUCUCAUCUCUAUUUUUCCAAUGGAUCAACAUUCUUAUAAAGACAGGGAGUGAAAGAGCUGUUGAUAAAAAUGAUCUUUUACCUCUUAAAGAAGAAAACACUACUUGGUCUUUGACAGAGGAGCUUCAGGCAAAAUGGACCGAAGAAACAGCUAAUAGCAGAAUUCAGGAUGUUAAACCAAAACUUUGGAAAAGUGUAUUUAAGAUGCUAACGGCGAAGGACUCAGUAGUCCUCAUUACAGCUGGCAUUAUAAACACAAUUUGCCGCAUUCUCCAACCAUUGCUUCUUGGGUACCUUAUAAAAUCUCUGAUGAUUACAAAGCUACAACACAAUUAUUUUCUCUACGGCUGUGCUUCCGCAUUGGGGAUAAAUGAAUUGAUCUGUUCUCUUAGCAUGCACCAAUUUGAAUACCGAUGUGAGGUGCUUGGAAUCAGAAUCAGCAGCGCCCUUAAAGGAUUAGUCUAUAUGAAGGUAAAUUACUUGAAGAAUUAAGAUAAAAUCCAUUAGGAAAUUGAGUAAUUUUAAUUUUCAGGGGACAGAAACCUUGUAUCAAAAUAAUUACAAGCUUAUUGCAUUUUUUUCACAUUUUUCAAGGGCUAUGAAUGUAAUAAAUUGUAUGAAAUAACUCCGACGAAAAGGUUCUUGUUGGAGCCCGAGAAGACAAACUUGAAAAGCCUCAAAUUUCACAAAAUGAAAUCUUUUGCACGACGAUUUUACCUGUGUUUUCUCAAUUCCUGUGAAAUUUGAGGUUCAUUUUCUCGGGAUCCCGUAAGAAAUUGUCUUUGGUGUUAUUACAGAUAACUAAUUACAUCUAUGGCCCUUGAAGAGUGUAAAAAUGAAUGCCUAAAGGUUCAAAAAUUCUGGUAUGAGGUUCUUGUCCACUGAAAAUUACAGAUUUAAAGAUGGAUUCCGUCUUAAUUCAAGAUGUCAAGUAGGCCGAACUUAAAGGUAAAUCAAGGGUUACCUUAAAAACACUACGCUGUCAGCGAUGGCUGAGAAAGUGAAACAAAACGAAUGAUUUUUAUUAGCUGAAUCAAUAUAAUCAAUUUACCAAUGCUAGUUCUCAAGCUAGCCUCUUCUUAAAGCGAAUAAACUUAUCAAGAGAAAAACAAGAGAACAACAGUAUAGUUUUUAUAGUCACUAUGACAACAACAGAAAAACAACAAUAAAAGACAGCUACUGACCUUUUGUAUGGGUUUUCAUGAAGAGGUCCUGGGGAAAGAAAAGAAAAAUCGAUUGUUUUAUGGUGGCUCCAUAGGGUUUUUUAGGGGCAAUACUUAUCAAGUUUAAGUAUUAAAUAAGUCGCCACUUGACAAAGAUUUGGGAAAAUGACUGCAACAGCUGUAUUAGAUAAAGAUGAAAAUUUGUUGUGAUUAGUGUUACAAGGUCAUCGGAGUGUCUAUAGCAACGAAAUGACGUCAUUACUCAUGUUACUUGCAGCCGUAUUUCUUGGCACUGAGAGGCUUUUUCUCCAAAAUCGUUCCCGGGAGCGUUUUUCUCCAAUAGCUGCCUCGAUGUACGUGAAGUUUGAGUGUUUUGUUGGGUACUGAUGUUCACGUGAAAAUGAAUCUUAGAGAAAAUACCCUGAAUAAUGAGACGCUGUCACUAGUAAACACGAAAUUUCGAACAAGAAAAUAGAGCAUUGUAGCCCUUAUUUUAUUGCCUUACAAGUUGUCAAUGAUCUUGAAACUAAAAGGUCAUAUAAAAGGACGGUUAAUCACGAGAAACUCGAAAUCUUAACAUGAUCUAUGGAAAGAUUUCAAAAUUGUUUGAUCAUUUGUUAAAGUAAACCAAACUAUUUUACAAAAACCGCUAACAAGAGCACCUCAGUGCAGGCUAAUCAAAUCCCGCUUUCCUGAGAUAGGCUAAAGCUAUCCCAGUGAUCUUUUCAAGCAGGUUUUACUAUUAGGUAAAUUUGCAUUUCAAGAGAGCUUCGUUUUCGUAAGAGAACGUCCGAACAUCAAGAUUAUUCAGAAUUUGCUGAAUUUCUGAUCAUAAAUUUGUCCCAAAAAUAUCUCGAUAACCCUGUCAUAGAUUUCGCUCAAACUUCAAGAAAAUCGAGGCAGCUGUUGGAAGAAAAAGCACCCGUGAAAGAUUUUAGAAAACCCCUCCCAGUGUCGAGAAAUAUAGUCUCCUUCGCAGCCGUUAUUAGGGUCGUCACUCGUCACGCAACGCUCCUCCGCUUUGCUUGACGAGUGACGACCCUAAUAACGGCUGCGAAGGAGACUACGAGAAAUACGGCUGCAAGUAAAAUAGGUAAUGACGUCAUUUCGUUGCUAUGAGGCUCCGAUGUCAUUGCAACACUGAUCAUAAAAAAUUUUCAUCUUUGUCUUAUAAAGCUGUGGUGGCCAUUGUUCAAAUUUUUGUUUAUGGCAACGCACAAACUUGGGAGGUAAAGUCCCUGAAAACCCACCUACGAGCCACCUAAAACGAUUAUUCACACCCGAACUGAAAAUGACAACAAAGAUCAAAGUUAAACACUUCCAAAGUUUUCAUUAGAAUAGACAAUGGCAAUCAUCACCACCACCACUACCAUCACCAUCAUCAUCAUUAAAAUAAUCUUUUUCAUAACCCUCAACAUCAUCAUCGUCGUUGUCAUCGUCGUCAUCAUCAUCAUCAUCAUCAUCAUCAUCAGUCCUUUUCGUGCCCAAAGACACAUACGUGGCGAAAUAACCAAAAGACCAUUCUCUGGAUUUUAAGUAUCGAUAUACUGUCAUAAAAGUUGUUAAAACGGAGCUCUUCUUGCUAGCGACGACCUUAUGUAAAGAUAGAUUCAUCAACUUUGUGCUUUCUUGCAGACCCUUCUUCUCAGCAAGGAUUCAUUGCUUAGGUUUUCAUCCGGUCGAGUUAUUGAUCUCGUAUCAAACGAUGUUCAGCGAAUUGAGGGCGAUACUUUCCAGUUGUUUUUUGAGGGAGCUCGAUCUCUUAUGGAGCUCGUAAUCGUAACAUUUUUACUUGUCAACCUAAUCGGAUGGCAGGUUGUGAUGGGAAUCCUUUUACUGUGUAUGCUGAUGCCAUAUUUCGCUGGAUUUUCCUAUGCUGGAGCUAUACUGCGCCUGCGUACAGCAGCGCUUUCUGAUCACCGGAUCACGUUGAUCAAAGAGGUUGUUACUGGGAUUCGCGCAAUCAAAACAAAUGCAUGGGAAGAUGAAUACAGAGAAAAGAUAAAAAACGUGCGAAGGUAAGGAAACUUUAACACAAUACACAAACACAAACAAACAAACUUUAUUUACCAUAUACUAACGUUACAAAACAAUUACCUGGAUAGAUUGUCCAGGAAGGAACUAAACCGACUUGUUAUAAACACAGUUACACGUGCAAAAAUAUUGCUUUUUCCUAUAAAAAAAAGUUCCCCUUUGCGAAAUUUAGCACAAAGGGUUUUAAGAGCUAUGUCCUAAAAGUAAUUAAUCAGAACAAACCGCAUACCGAAGACGUAUUUCCGGUCGUCGCUAACACGCGUACUAAAUCAAUUCAGAAACAAUUCAGAAAAGUAAAUGUCCUGAAGAAUACUCGAAGUCGAUAAUUAGGAAGUAAAAAAAACCUUACGGGAGUAAAUCCUGUUGCGUUGAGAAUUAAUCGCCUCCUCUUUUCUCGAUCUAUUCUUCAAGCAAGCGAGACUGAACGCCGCUGUAAGAGCUUUCUUUUUCCGGCACAAAUUGUCAACAAAAUCAAAGGAUUGUGCACCGUCAGGGAGAUUUCAACAUAAACUACAGAAAUCUUACCUUUCAUUUUGAUUUGUUUUGCUAACAUGCUAAAUUAUUCGAUAUCUUCGGUUUUGUGGGACCCAUUUUCCCUAAAAACUCUUCUCGAAGAAAGCUCUCCUGCACGAGCAGGACAGGUAUGGAGAACAGUCGAGUCUGCAGGUAAACUCCUUCGUAUAAGAAACUCAAGAAAGCAGUGUGAUCGAUGAUGGCCUCCGAUUGGACACAAAAAUAUUUGUUGUGCCCAAUCAGAGACAAGCAUUCGAAUGAGUCGUGGAACUCGUUCUUUAAGCAUAGCAUCCCAGAGGCUCUUUCUCUCAUUCUUGAAAAUUUUCGCAGCCGUUUUUCCCGACCCAACAGACCGCUCCUGGGUCUCCAAGGAUGUUGUGGUCGUUGAUCAAAAAGUGGUCUACUGUUCUGUUUUUGAGCCACUUAAGCCCUUCUACUAGGUCUGGGAAUUGCGUCUCUGUACACGUUAUUGGCGUCAAAGUACAGGAUUUUAACUAUAGCUUUUUUGCGAUAAUUUUCUUACCUCCGUCACUCAAGGGGGGAGUUACCAGCACGGAUUCCAUUUUCGACGAAAAUGUGCAUGCAAUUGUCUUUGAAAAUCUCCAGCUUAAUGUUCGCCUUUUUCAAAAGCGCUUCCCAGCUCAAGCUCGCCGGCGUGAUAUAGUUGUUUGCAAGGGCCAGCUGAUACUGCUUUGAGAAGUUAAGCUAAGUUUCGCAGAACUGUGGAAGUUUUCAAAAACAUAUACCAGAAGCAGCAAGUCAGUUGUGAGGUACAAGUAGUGAUAAUGCCCCUAAGUUUUGCACCUAAAAGCUUUUUAAACCUUCUGCGCGUGGUCAUAAUCAGAGUCACUGAUUCCCUUCUUCUUUAACGCACUACAAAACGUUUCCUACUGCGACAACUUGUACGGGUGCUCUCCUUUUCUUACUAGCAACUCGAGCGUUUCUUUGCUGUACUCGUACUGCUUCAGAACGUCAUCCUUUUUCAGGAUGUCCUCUUUAGAUUUGUCGCUAAUAGCACUCAAACAAAUUUUCGAGCCUUUUGGCAUCAGCUGAUAGCUUUCCCUAAAAUGAAGGUUUCCCAGCGAAAACCUUAUGUAUUGCUCCAUAUUGUUUGCAAAGUAGUUCUCGUCAUUUUCUCCAAUUUUCUGUAUGGCAUGCUGCGCGUCGUAAUUUCAGGCGUUGUGGAAAAAUUCCUGGGAUUUUUGUCUUUUCUGGGCUGAGCAUAAAACACGUCAUGUUGCAAUGCUCCUGUACCGGUUCGCGUAGUUUAAAAAUAUUCUGCAAGCAGUAUUUUAAUGGAUAAUACGGGUCACAACUUUCGAAAUCAAAGGUAAAGCGUGGGCAAGUAUCAGCAGUGGGUGGAAUUCCCAUCUUAGAGACAUCUCCAUGCUGCUACUGAAGAAAUUAAGCAAGUGUUUUAAUACUUCUUUCCUUCUUUUAUUUAUAGCGAUGAAAUCAAUUUGAUCGGUAAGAAGACCGCUGUUAUGUCGGGCGUUGCUGCUCUCCAAUACAUUUCAUCAUCAAUGGCGACUUUUGUCACUGUCAUCACUCUUGUACUAACUGGUCAGCCCCUGACACCAGUUAACGUCUUCACGUUACUCUCCUUUAUCAAUCUGCUGAGAAUGAGCUUCUGUGGGGACCUGUCCUAUGCAUUCAUCCAAUCCUAUGACGCCUAUGUUUCACUGAGACGAAUACGAGACUUUCUUCUGUUGAACAACCUUGAAUCAAAUAACGCCAGAAUGUAUCAGCAGGAAGGAGCAGAAAAAUUCUUACCUCACAAGUUAACAGCUCCUCGACAAAGUAAUAUCGUAAGCGUGACAAAUUUUACCCAGCAAAAGCGACAGAUCAGCCUAGACGACGAAUUAGUGCUCCAAGAUAUAAACUUCACAGUUGAAAAAGGAAAUUUAACAGUUAUAACCGGACCAGUGGGCAGUGGCAAAUCUACUCUUCUGUCAGCAAUUGCUGGCCAGGUACCAGAUCGAAGCGAGGCCAUAACCUACAAAGGAGCUGUUGUUUAUGUGCCACAAAUUCCCUGGAUAUUCUCUGGAACUAUUAGAGAAAACAUUUUGUUUGGCGAACAGUACGAGGAAGCUAAGUACAACAGAGUCAUUGAAGCAUGUGCUUUAACUCAAGACAUCGAGAAGUUUCCAGACUUUGACCAAACGAUCGUUGGAGAGCGUGGCGUGGUGCUUAGUGGUGGCCAGCGGGCAAGAGUAAGUUUAACACGCGCAGUCUACGCCGAAGCAGACCUUUACUUGUUGGAUGAUCCCUUAAGUGCUGUAGACUUUAAAGUUGCUCGGCACAUUUAUAGAGAAUGCAUAAAAGGCUUACUCGGACAGAAAACCCGAUUAGUAACUUCUCAUCAGGAACGGGUCAUGCGAGAAGCCGAUGACGUUAUUGUAUUAUAUAAAGGCCGAAUGCUGGGUAAGGGAAGUUUCACUGAGCUAAAAGAAAAAGGUAUCCUGAAUACAACUGUUGAAUCAAUUAAAGAGAAAGAAAACGAAUCGGAUUAUAUUGUCGGUCAGAAAAGUGAAGACGAAGAUGACAUUCCUGACAUGAGUGGUAGACCUGUACCCAGUGAAGUGCGGGGUCUCUCUUUAUCAAAAGAAGAUCAAGCCAUCGGAGCGGUGUCCGCAAGGCUCUACUGGAACUACUUUAGAAGUGGAGUACCUUUGCUGGCAAUCAUCACAGAAAUCUGCUUGUUUCUCAUUAGUCACGGUGAGGCCUUAAGAUAACCUGAAUUAUACAGUUAUGUAUCACCUCACUGGAAAAACUAAGAUUUUCACUUAUUAUUAUGUUCAUAAUUAUUCAUAUUAUUAUUCAUAUUCGUUUCUGAUUAGCUCCAAUCCCCCAGAAAUUCUUGUUAGUAAAAUCCAACUAGUGUCUAUUAUCAACACUGCGUUCUGAUUGGUUGAGUUGCUACUAGGCUAUAUAUUACAGCCCACUAGUAGUGAAAAGCGCCAGCUUUUUGGCGGCAAAAAGGAUUAAAGUCUGCCUUUAACUAGCUAAAAAAUUUUUAUUCUCGAUAUUUUUGACCAACUAGUUGGAUUUUACUAAAACAAUUAUUCCUCUCGCCCUAUGGCCUCUGAGUCAAUAGCCCAUGAGGCUGAAAUUGACUCAGAGCCCAUUCGGACACGAGGAAUAAUUGUUAAAUAACCACCCGGUGGUUAUUUGCUAGAAGAUGUAGGUAAUAUACAACCGAUACGACUACGCCAAAAAAAUAGCUCGAUGGAGGUCUUCUACUUUUUAAGGACUUUCUGCAGCAAAAAAUAAACCGUGACGAGAAACAAGGAAAGUUUUUGAAGAGAUUCCACGAAGAGGUAAGGUUGUUAAGAAAAUAGAAAUAUUUGAAUGAAUGAUAGAACAAUUAUUGAAUUCAGGUUUCAUAUAUCGUAAACUGCCCUCAGCCUUCGGCCUCUGUGGAUAACGCCCGCCUUAAUCUGAAAAUUUUUUUACAUCAUACUCAGCCUCAUUCCAAAAUGUUAAGAACUCGCUAAGGGUGAUAAUAUGACUUCGAAUGGACAUCCGUACUUUAAUUUUGACGGAUGUGCUGGAAAAAAGAUUCUAGAAAGUCAGUUUAUUAUUGUGCAAAAAUAAAAGUAGUUCAAGCAACUUUUCUUUUCAAAUCGUCCGACUCCGCAUCGUCUGUGAAGAAACAUAUCCUUAGCCAAAAUGUCUUUUCUUUUUAGGGGUUACCUAACUAGGUGAAAAUGAGUAAGUGUCAUGACUGGCGCUGGCUAUUUACCGAAGUGAACCCAGUGUAAUUAAAUGUCUACGUGAAAACUAAGUGAUGUGUGACCGCUGUUAUGAAAGUGCAGACCGCUCUAUCAAAAAUACAAGAUUGGUUUUAUUGUCAAAUUCCGACCGAUGUAAUUAGAAUUGCCCCUCACUAAUAAGAAGAGUUUGAAUAAGAAUAAGAUUUUGCCUUUGCAUUAUGGUUAGGCUGCCAUCGUUAAAUGUUUUCAUGGCGGCAAACGGGAACGACGACAGCGAUAGGUAGUGUUGCUCACUUACAGUAGCGUCGUUAUGCGAUAGUCACCUGACUUGAGCAGUAAAACACUCCAAAAGGAGUGACUGAUAACUAAAAAAGACUGUUAACUACCAGGGUUACAGCAAAAACGCAAGGUAAAAGUAAGGAGGAGGGAGGGAUGGCAUCUAACCUCACCUAAGAACAAGAUUAUGGUGACUCGUGGAAGAACCAGCAGAUCUAUACUCGCACAAUAGUACGGCAAGGAGAGCAAAAACAAGGCGCGAACCGAAAGAAUUGUGUUUUUACUAUGAUAUAUCCUAUUUUGCAAAGAAAUAAAUUUUCUUAGAUGAUAAUCUGUGAUGAGCUCCACAAGAUAAUAUGAAUAUUGUGUUUACACAUUUAAAUAUUCAAGAAAUAUUGAAUGACGCUGAGUAUGGUAAAGAAAAUUAUGCCGAUCGAGGAGGGUGUUAGGCAACGAGGUCCAAGGCCGAAUAAGGGGAUGACAGCCUCCGGGAAUUACACAUCUUCAUAUCAUACAAAAGCCUAUCAUUAUUUUCCUGAUAUUAUUUUUAGCAAUCAUGGUUUACUGCGAUGUGUGGCUGUCACGUCUGACAAAGAAACGUCCAGGAGAUCAAACGAAUGAGUCAGACCUCAUCAUCUAUGGCUCCCUUGUUGGGACGUCUUUCAUAUUUCUCUUCAUUCGAGCAUUUGGUUUCUAUCUGCUAUCUUUACGAUGUUCUGAGUGUCUUCAUGAUAGAAUGGUGGCGGCUAUACUCCAAGCACCGGUCUUUUUCUUUGAUUCAAAUCCCGUGGGAAGAAUGAUGAAUCGGUUUUCUAAAGAUAUUGGAGCCAUGGAUGAAGUACUACCCAAAACGUUUCUGAGAGCAAUCCAAAGGACCUUGCUGAUGCUCACCUCAAUUCUUCUACCAACUGUUAUAAACCCUUGGCUUCUGUUUGCUGUUAUGCCAAUAGCUGUGUUAGCGGGACUUGUUUCAAGAUAUUACUUAAAGACGUCAAGGGAACUAAAAAGAUUGGAGUCGAUUAAUCGCAGCCCCGUCUAUUCUCAUUUUUCGGAAACCCUCGAUGGACUGGAAACGAUUCGGACAAGAAACAGGGAAGGAAAUUUCAUGGAUGCGUUUUGCAGGUAUGUUACACUUGAUGCAGUUUAAUCUUUUUUUAAUUAUCUAAGUUCGUGACCCCGAGUUAAAUGAGUACAUGAUUUAAGCUUACUCUGUAGGGGAUAAAGUGAGUGUACGAAUCCUUUUUUAAAUUUAAUCCCCCCAUGCCAAUAACAGGACAUUCUUGGACUUAGUUCACAUACAAUAAUGUUACAACACUAUCCCGAUGUAGUCAAGAGUACCCCUGUUAAAACGACCGAUCUCUGCAUUCUCUUGGCCGGCAUUUUGGUAUGUAGGUCUUCAAUUUAACAAAUUGACGCCAGCUUGAUGACAGAAAAAUAAAAAACUGGCGUCAAUUUGUUUUUUCACAAUAACAAAAGCGCGAAAAAGUCAAAUUUGCCGAUAAAAAUGAAGAAAACAAAACAAAGUUAUGGCUUUUGUAAACUAGCGCAAUGUUAAUUGUCAAUAAUUUUUCUCGCUUGUUGAUUGGCUACCGAAGACAAGCAACGGAGUUUCAUUGGCUAAAAAUUUAACAGGUUGAGUCACGCCACUGCCCUGCAUAAAUUAGGAAUUUAUUGUUUUCCAAACUUCUAUUCAGAACAAGAAUGAAGUCAGCGAUGUUUAUUGUGUCGAUAAAUGGAGGCAUUUUAGGGUAUCAUAAAGUCAUAAACUGGCCCACGGUUAAAAACUAUUCCAAGGAAACGGAUUUUGGAGCCGCCGUUAAAAUAACCGAACAAAUCGAAGCGAUUUACGGUGGAGCGAGUAGCCAAGCAGUUUUGAAAAGUUGCUAACCGAACAGUACAAACAGAAAUCGUGUCACUGUUGUUUACUUCAGUUCAAGUCUUGUUUUUCGUUCUGAACACUUAUCAGCAAUAUGAACUGCGUUCAAUCAAACCAAAAGGGGGGUUUUACACGCAUGUAGUCUUCAAUUCAACUUACCAGGUGCUUACAAAGUUUCAUAAAGAUUUUUUAAAAAAGUUUGUUUUCCUUUCGGUACAAAGAAACUGAAAAACAAUCAAUACUUUUCGAAAGAAAACUACCGUGAUUAAUGUCUUUAUUUUGAAUAAACUAGACUUUCAGAAUUGUUUCUUACUAUUUUUAUCUUUAAAACCAUGUAUGAAUGCUAAAAGCUUUUCUGAAUCCGGCGCAUUUUUCAAGCAGUACAAUUUCUAGCAAAUCGUCUUCGCUUUUGGACACUAAGCGUUUUUGUUUAGUUUCCUCUGCUUGAGCUUUUUGUAGAGAAUUCAAUUAGGAUGCAUGUGUUGCAUCAGAGCUAUCUGGCUAUUUUUCUCAGUAGACAGAAAGUGAAUCUUCUACGAAACUAAACUAAAGAAGUUUGGCAUUCGUUUGGCAAAUGAUCGCUUCUUGCAUAACACAAAUAGUCUGACAUAGUCCCGUCUGCCGGGCUGUCACAACCGCGGACCGAGUGGUGGUAUGCUAAACAUACGACAAAAAGAAGGUCUAUACACCGUAUUCACAAAUGGCGGACACGCGGGAAAAAACUGGUGCCUAGUCAUGAAAGCGAGGCGUUGGAGGAUAAACAAAAAUUGCAAAUGAAGACUUUCAGUGAACUUGCAGAGUGUUUAGCACGGAUUCCACCUAAAUUAAGUUUGUACGGACUUCUUUUCAAAUACAAUUACGUGGGAUGUCUUCUGCUUUUACUGUUUAGUAGUGAUUUGCUCUUUGCAAUCAAAAGGGACGCGUAUAUCUUCAAGGAAACAGGAUGAUUUUGUAGGUUUCCGAAGCAUCAGAAGCUCGACACGACAAGUGGGCGAUGACUGGAGAAAAGCGGAAAACAUGUUGACCCAAACUUCACACUGAAACCGAAUACGAAAGCCAGACCACUACCAUUCUGUAAAACAGAAAUAAAAACAGAUAUCGGUGGCGAGAAAAAGAGAAAUAAGCGUCGUAUAUAUGGCCUACUUGUCAACGGAAGAGACCUCCGCCAUUACACAAAACAGGUCAAGUCGAGAGCGGGUGAAAGAUUCAUUCACGAGGCUCAUUCAUUCACGUCAGUGUCAUUUUAUACAUAUCUAUGUAUAUAUAUAUGUCUGUAUUUACAACUGCCUUUGGAUCACAUUAAUUCCGUCGCUUUGGAGCGAAUUGUUCGAGGUACGUUGGCAGAGCUUAGCAAAAAUCUCAUGAUUUCUUUGUCAUUGCGAAAUAAUUAAAAACAAUUUUAUCAAAAAUUAGAAGCUGCUGUGUGUGAAUCUUAUGGCUUGCUAUUUGCCUGGUCUCCUUUUGGGCAUUAUCUCAGAGAGCUUUUGGUGAAAAAGUGGUAUAAAGCUUACAUUUUACUAGGUUAAACUUUUAAGGCAAUGUUUGUGUCAUGACUGAACACGGCAAGCUUCUGUUUCGAAUAAUUAAAUUCGAGUCUGGAUCCGUUUAAGAAGACCAUCAUUUUACAAUUAUUUAUUUAUCUAUUCUUCAACUUUAAAAUAUUAUGGAACAUAAAGUUAAAACUCUUAACAGCCAAAGAUAAGAAAUACGAAAUUACUCGCUGAAAUGAUAUGUGUUCGGCUUACCGAGUCUGCCGAGUAACAAGUUAAAAUUUUGAGCGUACUCCACUCGAUCGCUCCUGCAUUCAUACUAAAAAAAUAGUUCUAAUUGAUGUCCUUCACCGAUAAAGACCAGAGAAUAACGUCCUGGCAAACAAAAACCAAACAUAACUUCAUCGAAACCUCAGUCACCUGUUCUUUCCUGUCUUCCUUUUUUCCAACUAGACUUGAACUGUUUUGUUCAACGGCAGACGUCUCUUGCGUUAACAAGUAGGCCAUAUAUCUGUCGCUUGUUUCUUUUUUUCUUGCCACCAAGAUUUGUUUAUAUUUCUGUUUCACCGAAUUGCAGUGAGCUGGCUUUCGUACUCGGUUUCAAUGUGAAGUUUGGGCCAACAUGUUUGCCGCUUUUCUCCACCCAUCGUCCACUUGUCGAGCUUCUGAUGCUCAGGAAACCUACAAAAUCAUCCUGUUUCCUUGAAGAUAUACGCGUCCCUUUUGAUUGCAAACAGCAAAUCAUAACUUGACAUUAAAAGCAGAAGACAUCCGACGUAAUUGUAUUUAAAAAGAAGUCCGUACAAAGUUAUUUUAGGUGGAAUCCGUGCUAAACACUCUGCAAAGUUUCACUGAAAGUCUUCAUUUGCAAUUUUUGUUUAUCCUCCAACGCCUCGCUUUCAUGACUAGGCACCAGUUUUUUCCCGCGUGUCCGCCAUUUGUGAAUACAGUGUAUAACUACGUUCAUAUUAUUGUGUUGUUUUUAGGUACCAAGAUAUCCAUACUCAGUCAUACAUUAUGGUUUUUGCCAGUCAGCGUUGGCUUGGUGUACGCUUGGAUUGUCUCUCUGCUUUGUUGACAUGUGCUGUGGCUCUUGCUGCAGUUUUUGUGUCUCAAGAUGCUGGUAAAUUCACUAGUACAUGUAAUGAGAAACGGAACUGAUUAUUCCAUAUCUAUAUGUGAGGUUCAUUUUUUAAGAUUCCUUCCACUCUACGCAAUAUGCGAUGCAUUGGAAUAGAUAAGAUGAGAUGAGAUGAUAUAAAGCUUGUGUAGACUUAAGCGAGCCUCAUCGAAAAUGACAUAGCUUCUUGAAAUGGCAAGGAAAACUUUACAGAGCUAAGAAAUCUGGUCCGAUUUUUCCAAUCUCAACAAUAGGGCAAGAGACUGUUUCUUUUCCUACAUAAAUAGUGCUGCUCUUUAUGCUUCGAUCUAAUGUCCCAAAACUUAGAAAAAUAUGCUGAUAUAUUAACUCAGCUUAGUGAUCGUGUAUAUUCUUCCCUGUCUGUCUUUUAGUUUUUAUCAAUCUUGGUUAGGUUACGUAAUCAAGAGCGGGUGAAAAGCGUGCAGAGAGAUUAGAUUAGAUUUUCCCUGGUAGGUGUUCGGUUUUGUUUUGAUGGAUAAUUUUGUCUUUCAUUUCUUGCAGCGUUAGUUGGACUAUCUUUGGUUUACAUAGUCCAGACCGUGAAUCUGACGCAAUUUACUGUCCGUCAGUUAACGGAGGUCGAGGCUCUAAUGACGUCAGUUGAGCGAGUGAUGACCUACACAGAGCUAGAAUCUGAACCUGGAUACAAAGUGGAACGAAAUCCCCCGGAAAUCUGGCCAAAUGAGGGAAGUAUCGCAUUCAAAAACGUAAGCCUCACGUACUAUUCAGGGGGUCCUCGAAUCUUGAAGAAUAUUACACUAAACAUCAAUGGAGGAGCUAAAAUAGGAAUUGCGGGCCGGACGGGUGCAGGAAAAUCUUCCUUCGUGGCGGCACUGAUGCGCAUGCCUGAAGCUGUCGGAGAUAUAUUGAUUGAUAAUAUCAAUAUAGGCAGUAUCAACCUCCGAGACUCUCGACGGGCAAUAACUGUUCUUAGACAAAAUCCUGCCCUUUUUAGUGGAACAGUGAGGCAAAAUCUAGAUCUGAUGGAGCAGUUUCACGACGCAGAUUUAUGGCGAGCUUUGGAACAGGUGCAGCUGAAAAGUCUUGUAGAGAAUCUGGAGGGUCAGUUGGAUCAUGAAUUGUUGGAGCACGGUGCAAAUCUAAGUGUAGGUGAACGCCAGCUUAUUUGCUUGGCUCGCGUGCUGCUGCUGCAAAAAAAGAUCGUCAUCUUGGAUGAGCCCACUGCACACGUGGAUCCAGAAACAGAGCAAACAAUCUGGAAAGUAGUAAGGCAGAAACUGAAAAAUUCCACGGUUAUCACAGUAGCACAUCGCUUAGACACAAUUAGAGACUGUGACAAGAUUUUAGUUUUAAAAAGUGGGGAAGUACACGUGUUUGAUAAGUUUGAUGUGCUAUUAAAUAAAAAAGGAGGAAUUUUGAGCUAA